CGAGAGAGUGAGGAGCAGACACAGAGACUCUUCUAUGAGGAUUCGGCCACAGCGUGAUGGCAGGAGGAGGUUAGGAUGAGGAGACGGACAGGAGAGGAUCCUAUGCCUGAGGGCGAGCGUACGCAGGCGGAGGAGGGGCUUCAGGCGAGAUUGUUGUCUGAUGCCUCAGUGCGAGAGUUGGUGGGAGUGAUGGAGCAUGUCAGGAGACUCACACAGACCGAGGUUGCACGAGGAGAGGUGCUUCAGGGUGCAGUACAGAGGAUCGGUGCUCUGGAGCGGGAGAACAGAGGACUGAGGGACACGGUACGUGAUCUUGUCACCAGCUCCGAGCAGGCAAGACAGUCCACCUCGAGGCUCGAGCAGAGGAUUACUGACCUAGAGGAGCGUCGGAGGCGUCAGGCCACGACAGAUGUGGUCGACGAGAGGAGGACUGAGGAGAAACAGAUUCCUAUCAGACAAGCAUACAUCUCUCAUGAGGUAGAGCCAGGUGGAGCGAGGUUAGACAUCCCUCAGCGAGAUUCACGGACAGGGGAGCCACUUGGGGCUAUGGGGAUGACAUGUGAGGAGGCAACAGUCGUCGACAAGCUUAUGCUUGAGGCAGACGAGAUCGAGAGCAGGAGAGAGGCAGAGGCACGAGGUUUGGACUGGGUUCCUCCCUCAGAGUUGGCAGUUCAGAGGGAUGCAUGGCAAGGAUUGGGGGGCAGACAUGACGAACGAGAGAGAUUUUCAGAGCUACGAGACGUCAUGCCACAGGAGGACACGAGCGGGUCAGCAACAGUACUGCCGGCGACUCUGCCGCUUACACCAGCUCCAGUUUUGGGGUCGAUGGACGACAUAAUGCACCUCCUUUCUUCAGGGUCUGGGAGAUGUGACGAGGAGGCGACGAUUGAGAGAGCCUCGAGGAUGUUGAGUCCUGACACGGUGGAUAGGGCCAUACACAAUGUGACAAUCCGACUCGAGAGGGCACAACCUCGGAUCCAACCCAAGCCUAAAAAGGCGAAGGUAGAGGGCAGCGGCACCGGCGACGUAUGCUCGUGGUGUGACAGAGGAGUGCAUGACAAAGUCGCUUGCCCCGCCUUCCAAGAUGACCUCAGGAGGCGAGUCGUGCAGUUCGAUGGGCAGGGACUAGUCAGGGAUAUGCGUGGCGGUCGUCUUCCAAUAAGACGCCGAUGUUAGGAGAGUUGUGUAUGAUAAGCUAGGCCUGA